GCCGGAAGCGCGCGCUGCUGCAGCCGCGGCGUGUCAGUGGGGAAGGAGGGAGCCGGCGAGCGAAGCCGCGGACGGGGGCGCGAAGAUGGCGGCCUUCUCCGAGAUGGGUGUUAUGCCUGAGAUUGCUCAAGCUGUGGAAGAGAUGGAUUGGCUUCUUCCAACUGAUAUCCAGGCUGAAUCUAUCCCACUGAUCCUAGGAGGAGGUGAUGUACUGAUGGCUGCAGAAACAGGAAGUGGAAAAACUGGUGCUUUUAGUAUUCCAGUUAUCCAGAUAGUUUAUGAGACUCUGAAGGAUCAACAAGAAGGCAAAAAAGGAAAAACAACAAUUAAAACUGGUGGUUCAGUGCUUAACAAAUGGCAAAUGAACCCAUAUGAUAGAGGAUCUGCUUUUGCAAUUGGGUCAGAUGGUCUUUGUUGUCAAAGCAGAGAAGUAAAGGAAUGGCAUGGGUGUAGAGCUACUAAAGGAUUAAUGAAAGGGAAGCACUACUAUGAAGUAUCAUGUCAUGACCAAGGACUCUGCAGAGUUGGGUGGUCUUCCAUGCAGGCUUCAUUAGACCUAGGUACUGACAAGUUUGGAUUUGGCUUUGGUGGAACAGGAAAGAAAUCCCAUAACAAGCAGUUUGAUAAUUAUGGAGAGGAAUUCACUAUGCACGAUACCAUUGGAUGUUACCUAGAUAUAGACAAAGGGCAUGUCAAGUUCUCGAAAAAUGGAAAAGAACUUGGUCUGGCAUUUGAAAUACCAUCACAUAUGAAAAACCAAGCCCUCUUUCCUGCCUGUGUUUUGAAGAAUGCUGAAUUAAAAUUUAACUUCGGUGAAGAAGAAUUUAAGUUUCCACCAAAAGAUGGUUUUGUUGCUCUUUCCAAGGCACCGGAUAAUUACGUUGUCAAAUCACAGCACACAGGUAAUGCACAGGUGUCACAAACUAAGUUUCUCCCAAAUGCUCCAAAAGCUCUCAUCGUUGAACCCUCCCGGGAGUUAGCUGAACAAACUUUGAAUAACAUCAAGCAGUUUAAGAAAUAUAUUGAUAAUCCUAAAUUAAGGGAGCUUCUGAUAAUUGGAGGUGUUGCAGCACGGGAUCAGCUCUCUGUUUUGGAUAAUGGGGUGGAUAUAGUCGUGGGCACUCCAGGAAGACUGGAUGAUUUGGUGUCAACUGGAAAGCUGAAUUUAUCUCAAGUUAGAUUCCUGGUCCUGGAUGAAGCUGAUGGGCUUCUUUCUCAAGGUUAUUCUGAUUUUAUAAAUAGGAUGCACAAUCAGAUUCCUCAGAUUACCUCUGAUGGAAAAAGACUUCAGGUGAUUGUUUGCUCUGCUACUUUGCAUUCUUUUGAUGUAAAGAAACUGUCUGAGAAGAUAAUGCAUUUUCCCACAUGGGUUGAUUUAAAAGGAGAAGAUUCUGUUCCAGAUACUGUACACCAUGUUGUUGUCCCAGUGAAUCCCAAAACUGACAGACUCUGGGAGAGGCUUGGAAAAAACCACAUUAGAACUGAUGACGUACAUGCAAAAGAUAACACAAGACCUGGAGCAAACAGUCCAGAAAUGUGGUCUGAAGCUAUUAAAAUCCUGAAGGGGGAGUAUGCUGUCCGGGCAAUCAAGGAACACAAGAUGGAUCAAGCAAUUAUCUUCUGUAGAACCAAAAUUGACUGUGACAACUUGGAGCAGUAUUUUAUGCAACAAGGAGGAGGACCUGAUAAAAAAGGACACCAGUUCUCAUGUGUUUGUCUUCAUGGUGACAGAAAGCCUCAUGAGAGAAAGCAAAACUUGGAAAGAUUUAAGAAAGGAGACGUAAGAUUCUUGAUUUGCACAGAUGUAGCUGCCAGAGGAAUUGAUAUCCAUGGUGUUCCUUAUGUUAUAAAUGUCACCCUGCCUGAUGAAAAGCAAAACUAUGUACAUCGAAUUGGUAGAGUAGGAAGAGCUGAAAGGAUGGGUCUGGCCAUUUCCCUGGUGGCAACAGAAAAAGAAAAGGUUUGGUACCAUGUAUGUAGCAACCGUGGAAAAGGGUGUUACAACACAAGACUCAAGGAGGAUGGAGGCUGCACUAUAUGGUACAACGAAAUGCAGUUGCUGUCUGAGAUAGAAGAACACCUGAACUGUACCAUUUCUCAGGUUGAGCCAGAUAUAAAGGUACCAGUGGAUGAAUUUGAUGGGAAAGUUACCUAUGGUCAAAAAAGGGCUGCUGGUGGUGGAAACUAUAAAGGCCAUGUGGAUAUUUUGGCACCUACCGUUCAAGAGUUGGCUGCCCUUGAAAAGGAGGCGCAGACAUCUUUCCUGCAUCUUGGCUACCUUCCUAACCAGCUGUUCAGAACCUUCUGAUUUUCACAUAUACUGAAUAAGAUUUGAGUAAUAAAAGUCUGUAGUCUUAAAGCUCUAAAACAAUUGUACUGCUUCCAAGCAGCAGUAUUUAUAGUAACAUAAGCUAUUAAUGCUAAUUCUUGCAUGUCAGGAAACAUUAGUCUUAGGAAUUCUUUAUAAAAUGGCAGCCUAAUGACAAUAAAUUUGAUGACUAUAUUUUCAUGAAGGUUUAUGUCUUAAAGUUAUACUGAUUUAUGUAUUUCUUUUUAAAGAAUGCUAUGGGCUUAUGAAAUAAAAUUUGGGAAAGGACCUACGUGGAAUCACUAGCGAAUACUCUAAAAGUAAUUUUUGUCAUAGGGAGUGGUUGUAAAUGGAGAUGAUCUUCAGAUGGUUAAAUUUGUCUUGGUGUAUACUGAAGCUAGAGAAGAGUUGGAACAUGAAAGAAAAUUGGAUAAUCACAAACUAGAAAGACUGCUUCGUUUGGAAGCCUGGAGAUUUUUAGGGAGUUAGAAAAGGUUCUGUGUCUGUCUAAGGACUGAUGACUGAUGUGAUGGUGACAGUGAAGAUGUAUCUCUGAAGGAUUACCUUCUUUUUAAGAACCUUUCUUUCCAGAUGAUACAUACCCAUCAAGAUAAAACUAAUCUGCUGCUUCUGCAGGUCUUAAAAGCAAACUUAAACUCAGUUCUUUGGAAUAUAGUUCCUUAAACACUAACUCUAGCCUAAAAUACCAGAAGGAAAAAGGAAAAAUUAAAUAUGUACAAUCAAACGGUUCUUUUGUGCCUUUUGGCUCUUAGUUUAUAGAUUAGUUUUUUGGUGAUAAUUAUUCUUGCCCUAGAGUUUCCUUAAGGACACAAGCUAUUAUAAUUUCUUGUAUGAUAGUUUUCAAACCUUUUAGCACUGAGAUGUUUUCUUCAAGCAAAACCUGUUGAAUGAAACAAUAGAGAAACAGAUAAAAGCUCCAGGGGGAAAACCAUGCCCUAGUAUAUCGAGUUUUCAAAGUUUGUGAGAAAUGAUUGAGGAUAUCAUUCUUUCAUUUAUCUCUAGACCACCUUCUCUGGAGAUGUAGAAUCACUGUAACAGAUCUCAAGGCUAUCUGAUGACAGCUCUUUGCAGUGUUCACACACAUUAAUCACUGCUUUAGAAAUGAAUUUUUAAUUGACAUAACAGCAAAGAAAAGACUGAGAUUCAGACCAUUUAAAUAUUAAAGCUAGUAGGGAUCUUCCUGAUCACCUUGUUCAUGCCCUGGUUUUAUGGGUAUAAAAGCUGAGUUGAGAGAAAUGCACAUUCACGUGGCCUGGUUGGUAGACUGGAAAUAGAACUUGGGUUUCCUAGUUUCAGCUUUACUCUUCGGGCUACCUUUGGAAGAUGAUUCUCAGAUCUAAAUGAGUAGGCCACAGAGGAAUGCUGGGUGGUACAGCUUAGUGAUGGCGGAGAGCGUUGUUCAGUUUUUUCCUCUCCAAAUUAUUAUUCAACUGGAGUUACCCCAGGGAACAGAGUUUUCAAAGGAGGAAGCCAUAUGUAACCAGAUCAGCAGGGUUACUUGGAGACCUGACUCGCCCUUUUUUCCCUACCUACAUCACUAUUAAUCUAUCUCUUUACUCUUAGUUCUGCUUCUAGAUGCUAGUUCCUUCAGGCAUCUGUAGUAUUGCUAAGAAUGCAAAUAAUUGUCUGGUUAAGAUGUGGUCACUGAGAGAUGCUAAUUGCAUCCCUCCUUUGGGGCUACCUUUCCCAGAUUCUCGUCAGUGUGGUAUGAGUGGAAAUGAUGUGUACAACUUUUGGGCCUCAUGCUUCUGUCUGCCCUUUCCCUCUUUUCUCAGGCUGGAACUUACAUGUGGUAUUAGUGAGCCAGUUACCACCAUUAGAAAAGUGUAAUACUUGGGGAAUGGUAGAGCAACAAGACAGAAGGGACCUGGCUGACCUUGGGAAAGAGGACUGCUCGUCCUGUCUGCUAUGCCUGUUAACAAUAACUUGAUUUUUUUCUGAGCCACCUUACGUUUAGGUCUCUUUGUUAUACAAUUUUAUCCUCUAUCCCAACUAAUGUAGAACACUUGAAGCCCUUGAAAUUCCAGGAAAUGUUAAAUAUUAACCUUCAAAUGGCAGUACUUCUGACUCACAGCUUCGUCUUUGUCCAUUCUGUAGUGCAGGAAUUUGUAAGUGUACUCACAGAUCUGGUGUCUGAUUGUCUGUCAGUCUCUGGUCUAAACAGAAAUGCCAAGACUUGCCCCAAUUUCAACACAUUAUAGACAGGGCUCUAGGUCUUAGGAGUCUUGGCACAUUCCUCCUUAUUACCUAUCUAUUUAAUUCAGUUCAUUGUCUUCGAAGCUACCUUCAGGCUUUCAUUUGCUAGAGUUAACCUUUCAAAAUGACUGAAGUGGUUUUAUGUUCGGGGA